CAUCCAGCAGUGUGUGUUUUUUGGAUGGAUGGGAAAGAUCUCACUUCGUAAAAGAAGGAGAAAAUAAAACGUAUCUAGUACAACAAAAUAUUGCAUUGAAAAACGCCAAAAACAACAAUACGCGAGCGGGCAGCAGACACACAAAAAAGAGAUGGUAGUGUGAUCAACAUCAAGCAGCACAAAAAACCACCAACAGCAAAAAAAAAAACCAUAAAAAUAUGUGAAACCAACAAAAGCUAAGUAUGAAGUUUUACUGCAGUUGUGUUUUAGACCACGAAAUGUGUUUACUUAAAAGUUUCGGCACAGUAAGAAAAGUGAUAUUUAAGCAAGCAGUCGCGGAAAACCUGUUGGGUGUCGUUGGAAAGUUUAAGUAUUUCUUGGAUUUUUCCUCACUUUAAGAGAAACGCGGAGUGAAAUAGAAAAUAAAAAUUCAUAAAAAAUAAACGUUAAAAGCUAAUAUUUUUGGAAAAUUAUAUUACACAAAAAAAAAAACAAGAGCCGUAAAGUGAGUGAGUGGGAUUUUUCUACAGUACGAAAGCGCAUAGUGCCAAGUUAUUGGGGCUGCACUCACUACUUUAGCGAGACCAGACCCCAACAUAGGCUCCCCCAUGUUGUUUCACAAUAGUACAAUAUAGCAAAAACAACAAAAAAAGUUUUUAAGAGUUUUUGUAGAAAAAAAGUGCUUGUUUUUUGCUGCUUUGUGAGCAGCAGUAGGACACAACACACACCAAGCAGCCUAAAUCGUGGAUUAUUACUUAUGGCUGCCGCCGCUAAAGAGGAAAUUUACAAUAAUUACCCCCAACGAUCUUCAACUGUGCUAAAUAAUUAUAAAGGAACUGUGAAAUUAUGAAAACCGAUAUGAUAAAUUGAAAACGUAAGAAAAAAAAGACUUGAAACUAUUUUUCCCCACUCAAAUAAAAGUGAAUGUGUGUGAUAGUGGUGAGAAUUAUGUUAAUAGUGGUGAAGAUGAUGAUCAGAGAUCAACAUCAACCACAACAGCAACAACAACUAGAAAACCAAUAAGCAGUCGCAGAAUUAUAACGUUAAAAGUUGUUUUUUGAUUUUUGCAAAGAACCAAGUCGUAAAAGAAAACAAGAAAAUAUAUGAAAGAAAGAAGUAAAGAAAAAAUUGUGCCAAGACAAGAAGGAAAGAAAAGAAAGAAAAAGAAUUCUUGCUAAUAAAAAGAAAUACAACAAUCAAUUAAAAGAAAACGCACACACCAAAUCAGCAGUAGUGGAAGCAGCAGCAGCAGCAGCAAACCCAACAACAACAACGACAGCCAUAGGCAAUAAAAUAAUUAAACGCAUUUCCCCUGCUGACCCCCUUCGAAAACCAUUCAUCCCCAACCAACAUACUCCUUCUCUCAACAUCAUCAGCACAUUGAAGACGGAAAGCAAAAUCCCAUUUUUUUUGAUAUUCAUUUCUCAAUUUCAACUACUACGUGUUUCUUGGGAAGGCAACAACAACAAUAAAACUAUUGUAAAUGAAAGAGGUACCGAGAAUGUUGAUGUUGCAAUACAGCAAACAUGGCGAAUGUAUUCUUAAAGAAAUUGGAGCUGCCUUCCGUGGAGAACACCCCGCCGAUCUGACAAUUGUCUGCGAGAAUCAAGUCAAAUUGCAUGCCCACAAGCUGGUCUUGGCAGCGGCGAGUCCGUUAAUUAGAAAUCUUCUGGAAGAUACGCAGCUGUAUGACUGCAUGACAACGGUCUAUUUCCCGGAUGUGAAUGCAACGUACUUCAAGUUCUUGUUGGAUUUCUUGUAUUCCGGCCAGACGUGCAUAACAUCGCGAGAUGUCAACUAUUUGCAUGAUCUGUUGCUGUUGUUGCAAAUUAAAUCGGACAAUUGGAAGACCACAGAUACCACACCGCCGCCUACGGCAGCCCCACAGCCCACCACACAUGAGAACAACAACAGUUCCUCUAUAAGCGGCGGCAACAAUGGCGGUGUUGGAGGCGGUGGGGGCUUAGGCCUCGGCGGAGGAGGAGGUGGUAGCGGUUCCAUUACAAAUCUCUCCAAUUCCCACAAUCGCAAACUUUCCAUUGACCAACGCUGUGACAGUCCCGAUUGUGAGAAAAAGUUACGCAGCAACGAAAAUGGCAAUGACAUCAAACAGAGUCCCCCUUCCUCGCAAAGUUCCGAGAAAAAUAUUUCCGAAGACCAUGAUGAAGAGGAAGACGAGGACAAUCUUAACAUAGACAGCGAUAGCACAGCCGACUUAAAAACCAAGGAUUCCCAUCACGACAUUGACCAAUUAUCCGAUGUAAACAGUGUGAGCGGCGGCAAUGGAGGAGGCCUGAAUCCCGUCAAUCUUUCACUGGGCAUACGCACAAAAUCCGAACACAGCAUGCGCAAUAUAUUCCGCGGCAAAAGCAGCUAUUCCCCCGACUAUGAUUCCCUCAACAUUAUGGAAAGUGCCAAGCGCAAAACCCUAUUUUCCGAUUCGGCUCGUGAUUGCCUAAAGCCCCUCUCCGAACAUGGUGAUCUCAAUAGUUCGCCAGACAACUAUGUGGUAACGCCGCAUCGAAAGCGGCGUCCCGGUUUUCAUUCCUCGCCCAGCCACAAGCCCUUUGUAUCGUAUCAACAAAAUAUUCUCGACGAAUUUCGUUCCGCUAAAUCAGCUCUCUCGCCCAUGUCUGGUUACAUGCCCGAAAAGAAUAUGCUGCUGCCCCUGGAUGAGGGCGUGGUUAUAAAUCCUGCCGAUAUACUGCCGCAAAAUCGCACCCUGUUGGAGAAGAGCAUAUCGCGACACGACACCAGCCCUGAAAAGACAGUACAACUACCACCGCAACUGGUCUACCAAUGGCAGUCCACCCACAACUCGAAUAUGUCUUCAUUGUCCCAUCUGCAGCCGGGUCUGACUUCCAUGUCCGACAUUAAACUCAGCCUCGAGGGAUCCAGCAAUCAAAACAGUAGUCCCGCCUGUGGCAUUAGCGCCGGUGUGGGUGGCGGGGGAGGAGGCGGCGGCGGUGUGGGCAACAAUCAAAGUCCAGUGCGUGAAUAUCGCUGCGAAUACUGUGGCAAACAGUUUGGCAUGUCCUGGAAUUUGAAGACGCAUCUGCGUGUCCACACCGGCGAGAAGCCCUUCGCCUGCCGCCUCUGCAUAGCGAUGUUCAAGCAAAAGGCCCAUCUACUCAAACAUUUGUGUUCAGUGCAUAGAAAUGUCAUCACCACCAAUGGCAGCGACAAUGAUACGCGAUAUUGUUGCUGCUUCUGUUCAAUGUAUUUCGAAUCAGUACAAGAGUUGGUCCGGCAUUUGUCCGGCCAUCACAACAAUUUAUUGUUAGCAAAAAAUUUACGCGAUUAGUACUUCGUUUUGAUACUAUCCAUAUACAUAAAUAUAUACAUAUGUAAUAGAGUAGUAGUUUUGUCGCUCCUAAUAAAAAAAAACAAAAACAAAAAACUAUAUUUAUAUAAAUACAUAUACAUACUUAUAUACUUUAUACAAUACACACACAUACAUACUUUUAAAACUCGUAAUAAAAGAAAACAUACCUACCAACUACAACAACAACAACCGCAUUGUGUUACUCACAUUGUAUGUGUGUGCGUAAGGCCCUCUUCUGCUGCAUUCAUAUAUACCAUACAUAUGUACAU